ACCUUUGAAAGAGUUCAACAGAGCAGAGUAUGGGUAAAUUGGUAAAUUGGUUCUUGAUCCUAAUAAUCAAACCCUCAUCACUGAAAGUGAGGUUUUAAGGAAGAGAGCCAAUUUCCUCAUGGAUGCAGAAAAAAGCUUCUUCCAACAGAAAACCAAGUGUGAGCUACUCAUUGAAGGGGACAAAUGUAGUAAGUUCUUCCACAACUUGAUGAAAAAGAAGACAGCAUCAAAUGGAAUCCCUUUCUUUGUUACUGACCAAGGGAAUCUGACUCAAUCACUAGAGGACAUUGUUAAGGAAUUCAUUCACUACUUCACCCAACUGUUUGGCUGUACUGUCCCCAUUCAACAGCUAGAUUGGAGUGUUUUCUUUGAAGGUCCUUGCCUUGCUACCAUGGAUGCUACACAUCUCACAAAGGAGGUUGAAAUUCAGGAGGUUAGGGAGGCCCUAUACUCAAUAGGCAAUAACAAAUCUCCUGGCCCUAAUGGUUAUACAGCAGCCUUCUUCAAGGAGAUAUGGAACAUUGCUGGUCAAACCCUGUUUGAAGCUGUUUCUGAGUUCUUUAGAAGUGGAAAGCUCCUCAAGCAAUUCAACCAUGUCAUUGUGGUGCUUAUACCAAAGGUGAAGGAUAAUCCUGGGGUGAAAGACUUCAGGCCUAUUGCCUGCUCGAAUGUUGUUUACAAGAUCAUCGCCAAAAUCCUAUCCAAUAGGACGAGUAGUGUCCUACCUGGGCUUAUCAAUCACUCCCAGGCUGCUUUUGUGAAAGGGAGGAAUAUGGUUGAUAACAUACAGCUAGCACAACACAAUGUUAGAGAUGACAUUAUGAUGUUUUCUAGAGGGGAUCAUAAUUCUGUCCAGGUCCUAGUUGAUGACCUUAAACAUUUCUCUGUGGUGUCUGGACUGCAUGUGAAUGCUCAGAAAUCCAACCUUGUUAACUUCCCCCAGGGCAGGCUUCCUGUUAAAUACUUGGGCCUUCCACUCACUUCUCAAAGGGCAACUAAUACAAACUUUGUCCCCCUUGUGGAUAUUGUUGAUGCAAAUAUUAGAAGAUGGAACACUAAAACUCUGUCACUUGCUGGAAGAAGUGAACUGAUUAGGAUAGUUAUACAGGGUAUUGAAGGAUUUUGGCUCCAAGCUUUCCCCAUCCACAAAUCUGUCCUCAAUAGAAUCAUCUUCCUAUGCAGAUCCUUCCUUUGGGGCAAUAAGGUUUAUAAAGUGGCUUGGGAUGACAUCUGCAAACCCAAGGAUGAAGGAGGACUGGGCAUCAGAAACUCCUUUGUUUGGAAUCAGGCUCUGUUGACCAAAAAUCUGUGGAACAUUGCCUCCAACAAGGAAACUCUUUGGGUACAGUGGGUACAUGCUGUUUACCUCCAAGGGGGAAGUGUCUGGACUUGGAUCCCCAAAAAGGGGGAUUCACACCUCUUCAAAAAACUGGCUAAGGUAAGGGACAAAUUUCUUCACAAUAUUGGUGAUGCCUAUGACGAUAUGGAAGAAACUAUGAGCAACUUAUGGGAGGAGGAUGGGGGAAACACUGCCAAACUGUAUGACAUCUUAAGGGUUCAUGGUGUCAAGCAACCUUGGAUGAAAAUUAUAUGGCAGAGUUAUAUCCCCCCAAGAUAUACAGUUACUGCUUGGAUGGCGCUGCGCAAGAGACUACCCACAAAGGUUAAUCUUAGCUUUGUGGACAUGGACAGGAAAUGUAGUCUCUGAAAUGAGGGAGAGGAAACUAUUGACCACCUCUUCUUUGAGUGUACUAUCAGCAAAGCCAUUUGGAAGAACAUCAGAGACUAGCUACACAUCUCCCCUGCCCUAUCUACUCUUGAAAGAUCCAUGAAAUGGCUGUGUAGAAGGCAUGGACAACAUGGGGAUGUAGGGAAGCUCUGGAAACUGGAAACCAUCAGCACAAUCCAUCAUAUUUGGAAGCUGAGGAAUGCUGUGUAUUUCGAUAACUAAAUUGGCAACAAUGAAGCCACUAUCUGCCAAAUCAAGGUGGGAGUCUAUA